GUUGUAGUUGCGCUGUCACCCCGCUCGGGUCAAUUCCAGUCAAAAGUUCCCCUUCGCUUACCCACCUCCUCUCCCUCUCGAACCCUCCUACCCUUCCAAACCCUAGCAUUUUCCCUUCCCAUCUCGAGCUGCCUAUGGCCGACGGCGAGCCGGAGGCGCCGGCAGAGGAUAUCCAUCCAUGCCCGGAGGCGUCGUCAGCCGAGGUGGAGAAGCACCCGCCGCCGGAAGCCCCCGAGGCGUCUCCGGCCAAGACGAAGCCAGAGAAGAAGGUGGUGACGGAGACGCUGGUGAAGGAGGUGAGCAAGUCGGGACCGAAGGAGAUAGAGAAAGAGGUGAAGGUGAAAGUGGAGAAGGAGAAGGAAAAUGUGGAGAUCGAGGCGACGCUGCAGCCGACCGGAGCUGGCACGGAGGCUCCCAUCCUUGCGGUGCCGAUGUUGGCCGUGCCGUGCUUCAUCGCUCCUCCAGGGUUUGCGGGCCAGUUUGCAAUGAGCCAUCAAGCAGCUUUGUCAAGUGUUACAGCUCAGGCACAAAUACAAUUGCAAUCACCAGCCUCAUCUGCAUAUUCAGAAGGGCUGCCGAGUCCAUUUCCACAUCCUAUAACACCUAAAGCUAUUCGGCCACUACAGCAAGCACCAUCAGUAACUCAAGGAAGUGUUGGAAGACCAAUUGCAGAGAGGCCAUCCUCAUCUGAGUCAAAAUUGCAACAUCAUGCAGCUAUAAAUAUUGUGGGUGAUGGCUUCAAUUGGAGGAAAUAUGGUCAGAAGCAAGUGAAAAGUAGUGACAAUUCUAGGAGCUACUAUAGAUGCACAAACUCAAGUUGUUUGGCUAAAAAGAAAGUUGAGCAUUGUCCUGAUGGCCGUAUUAUAGAAAUCAUAUAUAGAGGAACACACAGUCAUGAACCACCACAGAAGACCAGAUUUGUAAAAGAGAGGUUGCCUCAUAUUUAUGUCCCCCCCAUAGGUGAUGAAACUCUGCAACUUGCGAACAGUGAAAUUGUGGAAUCCCGUACAAUGACAUGUAAAUUAAACAAGAGUGAGGCCAUCGAAAAUUCUGAACAGCAGCUCUUUUGCUCAAGUGAUUGUGAAGGGGAUGUUGGUAAUAAGUCAGAAGAUGAACAUCGUAGUGCAGAGUCGCAGCCAAAGCGAAGGAUAGUUGAAGCGACGACAUCUAACUUAACUCCAGUUCUCCGAACUGUCAGGGAGCAAAAGAUUAUCGUGCAGGCUGCAAAGAUGAGCGAUGGGUACAGAUGGCGUAAGUAUGGGCAGAAAAUUGUGAAGGGAAAUCCAAACCCAAGGAGCUAUUAUCGCUGCACACAUGAUGGGUGCCCUGUCCGUAAGCACGUUGAAAGAGCACCAGAUGACAUAAACAAUAUGGUAGUAACCUAUGAAGGUAAGCACAACCAUGGUCAACCUUUUAGAAGCAGCAACGAAUCAAGGAACGAAUCCGUCUCUGUGAUCACCCCAGCAAUGACAAUCACAGAGCAAUCCAGAAUAGUGUCUUCAACAUCAGAUCAGAAGCUUCCAACCAGCACAGAGAAGGCUGCUGACAGUGAGUCUACAAUGGAUACGACUUUAGAACUUGGAGGUAAGAAGCCACCAGAGAGUGCACAAACUCUGCACAGCAUGAAAAUUAAUCCAGACGGCCUGAAGAAUUCCCUCCUGAAAGAUACUUCUGCAGCAGUUCCUGUCCAAAACAAUUGAUUUGCGAGGAUAGGUUCGAUUCAACUAAUGCAUUAGUUUGUGUUAUUUAUAUUUAUUGGUUACGUGAGCUGUUGUUGGGUUAGCUUCUAUAUGUUAGAUGAGGGUCAGCAUUGUGCGCAGCAUCAUUGGAUUGCCAGAAGUUGGGACAGAGAAUCUAGGUUCAGAAAGCCAUGAUGAAACUUACAGUUGUCCCUUUGUAUAGAUUUCCAAUCCUUACCGUGUAUAGGUAUUGUAUCGCCUCUGAGGCUAAGCAACCAGGGAGACAAAGAACCUGAAUGUGUGGAGUUCUCUUUAGCUGUAUUGUUCAGUUGGAUUCAUCACAAACUUCAACUGAUCUGAGAUAUGAUGGAUUCAUUUGUUGUUA